UUUUUAUAAAUACCAGCUCAAUCCAGCUUUCUUCAAACUUCAGCUUCCCAUCAAUCUCUCUCUCUCUCUCUCUCUCUGAAGUAGGAAACUCGCAGUGGCUAUCCCAUUUGAGUUUUCUCUCACACUUCUUCAUUUUGCAAACAGGAAAUGGCGGGAUCUCCCAUUUCCUUGAUGGGGCUUCUGCUCUUAUGUUUUUGGGCAGCCUUCAUAGAAGCAGAAUUCAUGAAAUAUAAAGACCCAAAACAGCCAGUGAAUGUUCGAAUCAAGGAUUUAAUGAGCAGGAUGACUGUGGAGGAAAAGAUUGGCCAAAUGGUGCAGAUUGACCGCAGUGUUGCAUCAGCUGAGGUGAUGAAGAAGUACUUCAUUGGGAGUAUCUUAAGUGGAGGAGGGAGUGUUCCAGCUAAGGAGGCUUCUGCAGAGACUUGGAUUAACAUGGUGAAUGAAUACCAAAAGGGUUCUUUAUCUACUCGCCUUGGAAUUCCAAUGAUUUAUGGGAUUGAUGCUGUUCAUGGCCACAACAAUGUCUACAAGGCAACAAUUUUUCCCCACAAUGUUGGACUAGGUGCUACCAGAGACCCUGAACUUGUUAAGAGGAUUGGGGCUGCAACUGCACUUGAAGUUAGAGCUACAGGCAUCCCAUAUGUUUUUGCACCUUGUAUUGCGGUUUGUAGAGAUCCUAGAUGGGGUCGGUGCUACGAAAGCUACAGUGAAGAUCCCAAGAUUGUUCAGGCAAUGACGGAGAUUGUACCGGGGUUACAAGGGGACAUACCCACCAACUCUCACAAGGGUGUUCCAUUUGUUGCUGGAAAAUACAAGGUUGCAGCUUGUGCUAAGCACUAUGUGGGUGAUGGUGGAACAACAAAUGGCAUAAAUGAAAACAACACGGUGAUAGACAGACAUGGAUUGCUCAGCAUACACAUGCCGGGCUAUUACAAUUCCAUCAUCAAGGGUGUUGCGACCAUUAUGGUCUCAUACUCCAGCUGGAAUGGGAUUAAAAUGCAUGCUAACUAUGAUCUUGUCACUGGCUUCUUGAAGAACACUCUCCGUUUUCGGGGUUUUGUCAUCUCAGAUUGGCAGGGUAUCGACAGAAUCACCUCUCCCCCUCAUGCAAAUUACUCAUACUCUAUCCAAACAGGAAUUCAUGCUGGCAUUGACAUGGUCAUGGUUCCCUACAACUACACAGAAUUCAUUGACGGUCUAACCUACCAGGUUAAGAAUAAAAUAAUCCCUAUGAGCAGAAUUGAUGACGCGGUAAAGAGAAUUUUGCGUGUCAAGUUUGUGAUGGGCCUAUUUGAGAACCCAUUGGCGGAUUUCAGCCUUGUCAACCAGCUUGGAAGUCAGGAGCAUAGAGAAUUGGCUAGGGAAGCUGUGAGGAGAUCACUGGUGUUGUUGAAGAAUGGUGAAUCUGCAGACAUGCCACUGCUACCCCUUCCCAAGAAGGCAUCAAAAAUACUUGUUACUGGCAGCCAUGCUGACAAUUUAGGUUACCAAUGUGGUGGGUGGACAAUAGAGUGGCAAGGACUAAGUGGCAACAACCUUACUAGGGGUACCACAAUCCUCAAAGCCAUUGAAAAUACUGUUGAUCCAAAGACCGAAGUAGUCUACAAGGAGCAGCCGGAUGCCAAUUUUGUUAAGUCCAACAAAUUCUCCUAUGCCAUUGUUGUAGUAGGAGAACUGCCAUAUGCAGAGACUUUUGGUGACAGCUUGAAUUUGACAAUCCCUGACCCUGGCCCAAGCACCAUAAUGAAUGUCUGCGAGGCUGUGAAGUGUGUUGUUGUUGUUAUCUCUGGCCGUCCUGUUGUGAUCCAGCCAUAUAUUUCCUCAAUUGAUGCCCUGGUUGCUGCAUGGCUUCCAGGAACCGAAGGCCAAGGAGUCGCCGAUGUUUUAUUUGGUGACUAUGGUUUCACCGGCAAGCUUUCACGCACAUGGUUCAAGACUGUUGAUCAGCUUCCAAUGAAUGUGGGGGAUUCACAUUAUGACCCCCUCUUCCCAUUUGGAUUUGGUCUCACCACAAAACCUGCCAAGGCUAAUUAGGUAACGAUUCCGAGGACUUUCAUUUAGUUCUGGGACAUAAUUACAUUUGUUAUAGUGCCAAACAAAUAAGUUCCACUCAAUGGGAGUUUGAUUAUCGAUUGUUUCAAACAGAACAAUUACUUAUAAUGUAGUACCCAAUAAUUCACAAUAGUAAAUUUCUAUGUUCUUGAGGUA